CGUUGGAUCCUACUCUAUUUAUAUAUUUAUAUGCGUACCCAUAUCACAUUGAUUCAAAAAUCAGUUUUAAAAAUAAUUUCAAUAUUUUUGUGUACAGCUAUUUUAAAACAAAAAUGGAAAUUAGCAGCAUUUUGGUGGUUUUAUUAUUAUUGUCUAAUACAGUUAAUGGAGCCGAACAUAGUUUCAUGGAAACUCCAGUUACUUCUUUACCUAUGACUUCGGAGGCAGUUCCCAUUGUUACUGCAGCACUAUUGGAGUGCUCAAAAAAAAUUAAAGAGAACAAUCGAGAACGUUUGGAAAACUACCAUCAAAUUCGGAGGCAUCUGCUGGUAAACGUUCGUGUAAACCCCAGUUUUAACAUUGAAAGGGUCGACAAAUUUCUAAUCCUUGAUGAAAUAUUUGAUGCAAAACAGAGAUCAAAAGCUAAAAUUAUGUCACCAUAUUUAAUUGAAAUUAGUAGAGGCGAGCCAAUAAUGAUGUAUCCAUUGGAGUUUUCUAGGUCUUUGAAACUCAAUGAUUCCAACAGUACUCAGUUAAUUGAUGAUAUUUCAUAUAAUUCUCAAGUUGGGACAUCAUCCAAUCAAAUACGAAAAUUUCGAAAAUUUAAGUCAGGCCCAAGAAGUAUGUCUUCAAUUUUGGAAGGAGAAGAAGCUGAACCAAAAAAUAUGUAUAGUUUAGCAACAGUAUCCGCGCAUGAUGAAUCCUUAAGCAAUUUUCACGCGAAAAGCAGUUGUAGUUUCAGUCCAAGUAAAGGUAACGGAAAUAAUAUGUUGCCGUUCUCAAGUGUAGGCGUAAAAAGUCAACUUGUGGAACAAUUAAAUAAAACCACUUUGGAAAACAAACGAAUUCGAGAAAAUUUUAAAACGGAAGCUAUUUUCCCAAAAGCUUUAAUAAUUCAUGAAAACAAAUCUAAUGAGCGUAACGACCAAAAAUUAAAAGAUAUUGUUGAAGCCAAACGACAGGUUGAUAUAUGGAAAAGCAAUAGCGGUAAAUCUGAAUCUACAGAUUUUAUUUUAGCUCAGCCAAAAAUGUACUGGGGAGGUCCUUACGGUGGUUCAGAUAAAAGUGUAGAUGCAAUAAAACAUUUAAUUCACAAUCAACAUUCAACGCUAAAAUCAUCGGUCAGUCUAGGUUCACGUAAGGGCUAUAAAAAUGCUAACAAACUGAGAUUUUCUAAACACCGUCAACGUCCAAAAAUUUUUGACAGUGGAGGUAAUGAUUACUACAUAAGCUCAGAGAAAUUGAAUCGAUAUUCCAUCAUUUUCGUCCAAAGGGAAUUCAGACGGGAUUAUAGCGGCACCCCCAAGUAGAUGGACCAUUAUGAGGUUGGUAAAUAUAGUUUCCGGAUCUGGAAGUAUCGCAUAAAGACCGUACCAUCGAUAUCCGUACAUUCAUGUUCAAUAAACAAUCGCGGCUGUUGCAUCAUCAAUUCAAGCCAAGAGUUUCAACUCGCAACUUAUCUCUGCUGAUUUUGUCCAAAUUGAAAAUUAUUGGAAUUUUGCAUGUACUGUUUAUUAUUGAAAUUGCCAAAAUUGUGAGCCAAA